UUUGAAGUACGAGAAAUCCACAGAAAGACGGAGGAGAUAGUCGCGUGAUCUCUUGUAUUUAUGUGUAAAUGAUAAGCGUUUGAUUCGAUCAAACAUGAAUCAGGAGAAGUAUCCGCGAUCAUCCAUUGAGGAUGAUUUUAAUUAUGGCACAAACGUCGCGACGGCGAGCGUCCACAUCCGGAUGGACUUCCUUCGCAAGGUGUACACCAUCCUGUCAUUGCAGAUUAUCAUCACCACUGCUGUAUCUGCCGUUUUCAUGCUCUGUAACCCUAUUAAAAACUUUGUGCAUGAAAGUCCCUCUCUGGUGUUGAUAUCUGCUAUCGGGUCCCUUAUUCUGCUUCUUGCCUUGGCUGUGUACCGUCACCAGCAUCCUGUCAAUCUUUAUUUGCUGUUUGGGUUUACUCUGCUGGAGUCUCUGUCUGUAGCCACUGCGGUGACAUUUUAUGAGUACACCAUAGUGCUUCAGGCCUUUGUGCUCACGUCUGCUGUGUUCCUGGGUCUCACUGCCUAUACUUUCCAGUCUAAAAGAGACUUCAGCAAGCUCGGAGCCAGUCUGUUUGCUGGCCUGUGGAUCUUGAUCAUUGCAAGCUUUUUGAGGCUUUUCUUCUACAAUGACACAAUGGAGUUGGUCUUCGCUGGAGCCGGAGCUCUGCUGUUCUGCGGGUUCAUUAUUUUCGAUACCCACUUGCUGAUGCACAAGCUGUCACCGGAGGAGCACGUCCUGGCAUCCAUCAAUCUGUACCUGGACAUUGUCAACCUGUUCAUCUAUAUCCUGCGCAUCCUCGACUCCAUGAAGAAACACUGAAUGUUGUGAUGCUCCUCUUUACUUUUAGAGGUGAAUUUGGGGUGCAAUGCUGGGAGUGGUACAAAAAUAAUAUUCUUUAAUUUAAUAGACUUAAUGUAUAAUUAUGUUGGAACUGAUUAAAUAAAAAUGUGAUAUUCAUUGACCCUUCGCAAAGACCUGCCCCUCUUCACUACAGUUGUAUUUUUUCAUUUUGUAAGAAAUUAACAUUUUUGUGACUCUAAUGUAUCGUGACGGAUCACUGUAGCACUUCAGUUAAAGCGGCACGUGAACUGAUCAUCUCUUUCUCUUUACUAGCUGUAGCAUGAAAUAAACAUGAAUGAACAUCAGAAAAGUAAGAUUAUGAUUGGUCAGACCACCUGUCAAUCAGACUUCCUUGUGAAGGGUCAAUUAGUAUCCAAAUUAAGCAUUGCAGAUCUCUGCAAAAACAUUAUGGACCACAUAAAACUAAAUAUUUAUUUGAAUAAAAGUCUUUAAAAGUGAACUGAAUUGCAUUGCAGUUUUUGCAGUGUUCAGAAUUAAUUGGAAUAUGUCUGCUAUUCUUCUAUUUGGGCAUUAAUUGCAGACUCCUUGGAUUGUGUUUCAUUUUUUGUCAUUAGUUGAGAUGAUGCUUCUCAAGACACUCCUGUUGUAUUGUAAUUUCCCUUGUUUCCAAACCAGCUGCGUAUUUUUCAGCUUGCAAGGUGGUAUUUGUAAUUUAAUGGCCAAAUGUGAAUGUUACAAACUUGAUUGUAAAAUUUGUAACUUGAUCUGCUAGCUGUUGCUAAUUAGAUUCCUGUUUUUAGUUGGCUGUAGUGUGACCUGUAAUCCAUGGUGAUUUUUUUCAUAUUAAUUUAGGUGUUGUAGUGAAUCUGUGUUUAUGUUUUGGAAAAAAACUGCACAUGAAGCCUGAGACGUCUUGUUUAUUUUGGGUUUGUAUAUGAAAUAUUAAUGAUUAACUUAAAAUAUCCUAUAUUUAAAACUAUAAUAAAACCAUAAUGCAAACAUUCUGAAA